AUGUAUAGUAUCCCAGUAGACCGGCUGAGGGCCGUGUGGGUGUAUAGUAUCUCAGUAGACCGGCUGAGAGCCGUGUGGGUGUAUAGUAUCCCAGUAGACCGGCUGGGGGCCGUGUGCAUGUAUAGUAUCCCAGUAGACCGGCUGAGGGCCGUGUGGGUGUAUAGUAUCUCAGUAGACCGGCUGAGGGCCGUGUGGGUGUAUAGUAUCUCAGUAGACCGGCUGAGGGCCGUGUGGGUGUAUAGUAUCCCAGUAGACCGGCUGAGGGCCGUGUGGGUGUAUAGUAUCUCAGUAGACCGGCUGAGGGCCGUGUGGGUGUAUAGUAUCUCAGUAGACCGGCUGAGGGCCGUGUGGGUGUAUAGUAUCUCAGUAGACCGGCUGAGGGCCGUGUGGGUGUAUAGUAUCUCAGUAGACCGACUGAGAGCCGUGUGGGUGUAUAGUAUCCCAGUAGACCGGCUGGGGGCCGUGUGCAUGUAUAGUAUCCCAGUAGACCGGCUGAGGGCCGUGUGGGUGUAUAGUAUCCCAGUAGACCGGCUGAGGGCCGUGUGGGUGUAUAGUAAACCGGCUGAGAGCCGUGUGGUUGUAUAG